AUGCCAGUGGACCUCAGCCAGUGGUCCGGGCCCUUGAGCCGGCAGGAGGUGGACGAGAGGCCGAAGCACCCGCUGCAGGUCAAAUACUCCUGGGCAGAAGUCGACGAGCUGGGCAAAGUGCUGACGCCCACCCAGGUUAAGAGCUGGCCCUCUGGUAUAAUAUUUCAUGGGAUGGCCUUGAUUCAAGUAAACUCUAUACCCUGGUCUUGA